CGAACUUUCAGGGGUAUCUUGGUUGUCUCGGUCGAUCACCAUGGCCGUGUCGCUACAAGAUGCACCAUCUCCCACUGUGCCUCCCUUGCGGAUAAAGAUCGUCCAGAGUCCCGCUCAACGAUGGAAAGAGAUUGAAGAAGAGGAUGACAAUAUGCUUGUCACAUUACAACGGGAUGUCUUGACAGAAGAGUUCUUGGAUUACCUCCAACGUCAUGCAUCCGACAUACCCGGCCUCGUAGCUCACCACCUUUUGUUGAGCGACCGGCAAGAAUGCAAGGUCUCGGACAGGUCCGAGUGGUUACAUGGUAGUUUUAAUGCCUGCAUCCCCGUCACGAUCUCAAACUGGCCGACAGCGCGUGUCCUACUCAGAUGUCCAUUUCCGCACAUGGUUGGAAGCCCAAUGGGACUGGACGAAAAGAUUCGGUGCGAAGCAGCGACCUUCGCCUGGAUAGCAGACAAUUGCCCUCAGGUUCCGAUUCCUCGCCUAUGGGGGUUCGGGCUACCUGAAGGACUUGGUUUUACACCUACCAAGUGUCUACCUUGGUACCGGCAAGCCAUCGCAUAUAUCAAGGAUCUCUGUAGGACCUUGAUCUACCGAAGACGAUACUAUACUCCUUUCAUACCGACACAGCCGCGAUACUCCUUGAAGUCGGGCUACCUACUUGUUGAUUUUAUCGAGAAGGAACAAGGCUCGAUGCUUUCCAAGAUCUGGCCACCCCGUACGGACGAACAAAAGCUGAACUUUUACAAAAGUCUGUCGAAAAUUAUGUUGAAUUUGGCGCGCUGUCCAUUGCCGAAGAUUGGCUCGUUCACCAUCAAUAACUCCGGUGAGAUCAGCCUCAGCAAUCGCCCGUUGACGGCUCGACUUCCUCUACUCGAAUGUGAAGGCAUUCCAACAAGCAUACCCUCGGAUCGAUGUUACUCGACGACCGACUCAUAUAUCCGGGACCUCUUGGACUGUCACGACCUCAAGCUAAAGCACCAACCUAACGCGGUCCGUGACAAGUACGACGCAACGGGCCAAAUGGCAGUUCUGACUAUGAUGCGCGCUCUGGUUUCCAACUUUACACUAAGUGAUCUUCGCGACGGACCGUUCCGUCUCAUUUGGACCGACGCUCAUGCAAGCAACAUCUUCGUCAAUCGACAGUAUGAGAUUACUUCUCUUCCAGACCUCGAGUGGUUCUGUGCCUUACCGCCGGAGAACCUCUACCCACCCUUUUGGCUUAGUGGACACGAACUCGAUACACUGGAAGGACAGGCCGAGCGAGAAGAUUAUAAGCAGAUGUGUGCAGAAUUUCUGGAGGUAUUUCAACGAGAGAAUGACCAGGCAAUCUCACAAAACUCUCAAUAUCAUGUGGAGAUCAUGAAGAGUGUCCUCGCCAAAGAUAUACAUUUCUUUUGGGCCAGCUUGCACCACCCUCGCGCAACUUAUAAUCUUUUCCUCGACCAUCUGCAACCUCGUUUCGCGCCGGAGCACCUGGAAGAGGAAGGGUCGAUUCAGUUUCAACGCAUAGUUGCCCGAUACUGGAUUGAAGAUUCAGUCAGCUUUGUCGAGCAGAAGGUUCUGGACCGGAGAGUCUACCUGGAGCAAUUGCGGUCACAGCUCAAGGCUGCGACCCGUUGAAGACUUCGCCCGCGGCCGAUCACUUUUGCUUUGCUUCUUCUGCUCGUCUUGCUGCAGCUGCUUCUUUGUUCGCGUGCCUUUUUUCUUUGGCAGCCUUAGCGGAGAGUUUCAUGCAUUCGCCUUCGAUUUUGCCGACCUUUUGCUCAGUGGCGGUGGCAGUUGAUUCGGAAUGGCCUGAAUAUGUUGAAGAUGUGGUGGAUUGACGCUUAGGGUUGGAUUCUGGCAUUGUGUCAAGGUAUAUAUCCACUUGUAGGUUUUGUAUUUCACAGUGUC